AGAGACAUUUGUGGUAACUUGCUUUCCCCCACUUGUAUUUCUUCCUGUCUUCCUCCUUUUAGGCUCCUCCAGUUCUCCCUCAAAGUGGCAAAAACGUUUACAAACACUCUCAAAUUUGAUGUUUCAGUAGGAUUUUGCAACAGCAGAAGAAGCUUGAGGGUGAUUUUCAGACAACAGAAGAAGAAUUCAGAGAGAAAGAUGUCGAAUUUAGGACAGAAAUCUCAUGAAAGAGCAAGCUUUGUCAAUCUUCUGAGCCAGUACUUGAAAGAAAAAAGGAAUCUUGGGGAUUUCAGCGUUGGAAUCUCUUCGAAACCUGAUGAUAAAGGGCAACAAGCAAAAACAAUGAACUUUUUGCACCACGUGGCUAAUUCUUCGGAAAAUUCAAGACCAAAUCUCGUGGCGUCUACAGCGAAUGUGAAAUCUUCAGAUUUCUACCCCUUUGGUGCCUCCGGUUCCAAAGAAGACGCCAUUAACAAAACAGAUCUCAGAAUGUUUUGUUCUUGGUGGUGUAGGAAACCAGCAGCAGUGGAACCAAAGAAUGCUCAGCUGACCAUGUUUUUCAAUGGUCACGUGUUUGUAUAUAAUGAUUUCCCAGCAGACAAGGUGAAGGAAAUCAUGACCUUAGCUAACCAAGGAAGCUCAACAGCAUAUAGUGGUGUCAAUGUUGCCGACUCUGCCAUGGAAAAACCGAGUUAUAAGAUUGAUGAAACCGAUAACAAUUCCGAUAUCCCCGACUUGAACAUCGCCUCCGGAACUGCAAAUACUCCGGCUCGAAGCCCUUCAGUCGAGCGACAUCAGUAUGGCAGUUCGGAUUUGCGAAUAGCAAGAAGGAAUUCACUUCACAAGUUCUUUGAGAAGAGAAAAGACCGGGCAGCUGCGAGAGCACCGUACCAGUUGAUGAACAACCGAGUCUCGCCGCCUCCGCCUAAACCUGACGGAAACAAGGCGUCAUACGAGGAAGGUCAAUCGUCGAAAGAAGCACCAAGAAACAUUGAUCUCAAUUUAUAGUUUAUAUAUAGAUUU